UUAAUAAUAUUAAUUGUAAGUAUAUAUGUUGCAGUAGCGGUAGAUAAUCAUGCGAAUGACGAUGAAUUGGUGUCAAAAAGGCCUGGGCCUGUCGUUAAUGGUCCUUAUCCUUUACUAGACCAUGAUGAUAACAACGAAUUUAAUAAUAACCUUAAUAAUGAUCAAGAUGACAAUCACAAUAGUGAGGAUAAUGUUAGCACCUCUAGCAAACAUGGUGGUGGAAGUGAAAAAAGUGAAAUGUGGCUUUACUUUACGAAAGUUAUAUGGACGAAAGAAAAAAAAACAGCACAGUGCAAGAACUGCAACCAUGAACCAUUUUCUUGUGGAGUUAAUG